AUGGCUCGGGAGGAGGGCGGCGGAGCCUCGACCACCCGCCAAGAGGGUGGCACGAGGCCGCGGCGGAGCCCGGCGCGCAGGUGCCCGCGGCCGCUGGGCAAGUCGCCGGCGGCAGGGGACGAUGCGUUGGCCCGGGAGCCCCCCACCUCCAUCCCGCCCGCGGCUCGCCUCGCCGGUGCCGCUCCAUCCUCGGGAUUCGGUCAGAACCCAACGACCUACACACGCGGCGCCUGCCCAAGCGCGAAGGGGAUGCCCGACCUCACCUUAGGAGCGGGCGCCACGCCGCUAGGAGGCAGCUGGGGGUGCAGGGAGACGCCGAGGCGAGCACCACCGCCGCCGCCGCCGCCGCCGCCGCGGGAGACCUAG